GCCAACAGGGGAUCUGCUUUGCACUCUAGAGUAGAGCUCAAAUGUGAGAGACAGACCACACCAAGGGACCAGGUCAGUUACUGAAACCAAGCCUUAAAACACUGGACACAUAAAGUACAUACAGCUCUAUGUCGAUAUCACAGAUAACACCAACUCUCUUCCUGAGCGGGGCUGAUGCUCCUAGGAAUCAGGCACUCAUGACCCGCAAAGGGAUUACGCUCAUUGUGAAUGUGACCCUGUCCCACACCUGCCCUAUCUACCCGGGCGUGGAGUGUGUACGUGUUGCCGUGUCCGACUUCCCCAAUGCCCGUCUGGGUGAUCAUUUUGACCCCGUGGCAGCUCGAAUCCACAACAACAGGGCUGGGGGAACCCUAGUGCACUGUGCUGCAGGCAUGAGUCGCUCACCUGCACUGAUUAUGGCCUACCUCAUGAAAUACAAAGGAGUGACCCUACGGCAGGCACAUAACUGGGUUAAAGAGAGUCGACCCUAUAUUCGACUUAAUACAGGAUUCUGGGCCCAACUCCUAGACUAUGAGAAGAAAUUGUAUGGUAAGAAUACUGUGAAGGUGGCCGAACCACUGGAUCCACUGCCAAUGCCCAGAACACCAAAAUUGACAACCAAGUAUAGCAUGAGACAGUGUCCUCCAUCUCCAAGGCUUGGCCGACUUAGAAAAUAUACAUCUUUUGCUCUUUAAUCCAAGAAAAAAAGAACUGAUCUCGGGAGGUUUUUGCCAAAAGUAGAAAUGUUGUCUUUUUAGCCACUUACACUUGGUUGGUAAUGCAAUUCACUUUCAAGCAUGAUUUUUCAUAAUGUUUUUUUCAUUUUAAUGUGGCCUGGCUGGAAUUCCAGGAUAUAAUAAAUGACAUUUUAAAUCCUUUUAUGUUGCAUUGUUUAACCAACAGAGGACAGUGUUGGAGCAUCAAACUCAAACCAUGUACAUAAUAAAAAGCUAGGGGUAACCUGCAAUUGUUACCAUAAGGAGCUAUAUACUGUACCUGAUCUAACCGUUAACAUUAGGUUUGUUGGCAUAACUUAUUGUAUUUAGGUUGAUUCAGUCAUGUUAAAUCAGAUUUCUGACUUGAAUCAAACCAGUUAAUUUAGUUGUUACCACAUGAAGCACAUUUUUGUCAGUGUAUGAAACCCAGGACAAAUGAAUGGAAGGCCAAAAAUUGAAAAUUGAGUUAAUAAUAGACAUGUUGCAUUGUAUUAUAUACCAGAGCUCUGUUUAGAUGUCUUUGUUAUGAUAAAUGUACAGAAAAGAUUUGCUUGAUUUUUUACUGUGCAUGGGACAAGGACUUAGGCAAUUUUUCUAAGCAAACCUACGUAUAUUAAUCAUCUGACAAACCUUUAAUACUGUUUAAUGGUGUGUGUUUUAAUACAAAAAUGUAACUAAAUAAAUAAAUAAAUCUUAUCAUCGAUUUGACCCAGUGACCCAAGGUAAGGAUUUCUCAGAGACAAAAAAACAAAAACAAAAAAAUCUCAGAUUAUCUCUCAUCACCUUUUUAAUUCAGGUUUAAAAUCCUCGCUAUCUCCAUUUAACAAUGUUUGUUUAACGCUUUUGACAAUGUUUUGUUGAUGCCGAGUGAGUGGAGAGAAGUUUUAGACAUGCUUCUUUUGGUGGGAUGAGGGAAUGUACUGACAGCUGAGAGAGACAGCAGGCAGACUAGAAAUGUCUGGGAAGGAAAGACACAAAUUUAUCCUGAAAAAUACAUAUAACUUAUUUUUGUCCGAAAGCCUGCCAUCUUGAGCAAUUAACAGAAAACAGCCUGGUGAACUAUGUGAAUUAUGUGACUAUGUAUUGGGAUAAAGUGAAGUAUAUGUGUGUGCCAGCUCGUGUGUGUGUUUAAUGAGAGACUUUCAGUAAGCCCAUCAUGGGAUAAAUAACCAUAUCAUUAUCAUGCACUCAUUUAUCUUUCUGCACAUUAUUUGACAGCAAACCGUCCUUGUAAGGUAAUGCAAUCUGACCACAAAUGCUAUGUUAGAUGUUUCUCUCGAAGGUAUAGCAGAGCAUUAAUUUAAAUGGAUUGUAUGUGGUGGUGGGGGGGGGUACCUUUGUCCGUGCACACCAGCAUUACCAUUAACUAACAUUAAUAUUUGUAUGUUAAUAAUUGUGUAAAUCCUGCCCUUUUAAAUACAAUAAAAAAGGCUUUGUCCCCAUGCAUUGCUAAAUUGCUGUGGAAACGAGACCUCGAUAAACUACUGCUGUUUUUGUGGUGGUAGUUACUUUAGAAGUUCAUGCUGAAGACAUGCUGAAAAGGUAUCUGUUUUCUGAAGUUUUUCAGUAAUUGUAUGAAUUGUAA